AUGCCUGUGAAAGAGGUCGUACAAGAUCUUUUCACGGAAAAUGCACCUGCAAUUAACCAGAAGUGUAGUAGCAAAAAUGAAAGACAGGACUUUAGUGAUUUGAUAGAUGAUCAACAACGAAAUAAAAAGAAAAUUUUAUGUCGUCGUUGUCAAUGCGUCGUUUUUGGUGCUAAACGGGUGACGUUUCUGAAAGGGAAAGAUCCAAAAGAAUUAAAAGAAAUGAGUGUUGGUGGAAUGGAAGGUAAACAGAUGGAAAAAACGGAUGUAUGGUGGUUCACAACCAACGAAUACGCAUUUGACACGAUCGGUUUCCUAACUGUGGAUGAUCUGGAUGUCCUCAUGUGUGGUGAUUGUGAAUUUGGCCCAAUAGGAUGGCGUACCUCAGACAACAAGAAUUUCUGGAUUGCUGUUGAGCGAAUGAACUAUGCUUGA